CUUGAGACGUCCAACACCACAGCUAUAUCGUUCUCGUCCCAAAAGCUUCACUAUAGAUAGCUUCGUCACCCAAUCACCUCAGUGCAGCGCUUCAGUUGCCAUGGCUGCCGACAUGGCAUCGCAAGACGCACUGGUGGAACUCUUUGGCAGAUCCGUUCAGGACCACGAGGACUGCCUGGUAGAAUGUCUCUCUCUAUGCCGUCUGUACAGUCUCUCGCCGCAAGACUUCUUCUACAAGUUCGAAGCCUUUGCCCUCUCCAAUCUUCCUACAGAGUCUCGCUCCAACCCGACCCUGACAGACUUUCGAGCGCUGCGCCAGCACCUGCAGUCCUCGCUAGAGGCAGCGAAUAAUCACGCUGCCACUCGAACUCCUCGCAGAGACAUGUCUACUGCAUGGGGCAGUGGAGCCACCGCGAGGAAGAAGGGCGGGCUGACGGGAAUGGGCAUGGGCAAGCUCUUUGGCACGCCUGGUUCCGCACAGAGCAACGGCAGUGGUAGAGGCGGCACCACUUUCGGCUCAGGUGGAGCUCAGCAGACGCCUUCGCGGCCAACAGCACUGAGUCGAGGCGGUGGCAGCAAUGGGCUCGCCACGGGGGAUGACUCAAUGGAGAUCGACGACUCGCCCAGCAGAGGUGGCAGGGGCAGCGCAGGCGGCAGUCGCAAUCCCUGGACUGUCCAGCAGACUCUGAAUUCGCAGAUCGCUGCAGCUACUCGGCAAGAUAGACAGGACGCUACCAGCAGUCGUGUCAAGAUGAUGGCAGGAAGAUCACCCUCCUCCUUCCCUACGCGGUACAUGUUCGAACGAGGAGCCGAGAAGGGCGAGGCUUUGGACGAUCAUUUAGAGACGAUGUCUUCGAUCCUGGUUGAGUCAUACGCUAUCAAGGAAGAAGACAUCUCGGACCCUUCUCUGAUUCAUCAAGAGUCUGUGUACGUCGUAGGUAGGAUCGCUCCCAACCUGGCACCUCCUUCAAAUGCCAGCAAGAAGGACGCCUCAAGUACCUCCUCUGGACUUCCGCGCCUGCAACCAACCCCUCACGGCAUCCUCAUCGAGUCGUCCAAAUUGCAAGGAGCUGGACAAAGAGUUCCGAUCUGGCUGACAGAAGGCUGUGUGGUCCGGCGGCCGCCGGGUAUGGAAGAUUCAGACGACAGCGAUCUCGGUCCCGUAGACGUGCUUGGCAUGUUCCCAGGCAUGAUCGUGGGUCUCAAGGGAAGAAAUGGAGGAGGCUCUGGCUUUGGAGUAGAGGAAGUCCUGCUGCUGCCCGCAUUGCCGCUUUCUGCUGCUGCACCCUCGGACAUGCUGCUGGCGCAGUACGCUCCGGAGCUGCUGAAUGGCGCUCCGAUGGAGGUGGUCGUUGCGUCUGGACCGUACACGUCUGAUGAGGAUCUGGAAUUUACAAAGUGGCAUACCCUGAUGGACAACCUGGAGAGGGAGCCAGUCGAUGCAGUCAUCCUCAUGGGUCCGUUCCUGCCCCUCACUCAUCCCCUCCUUCUCACCUCCACCCAUCUCCCAUCGGAUCUGUUCAAGCGCCACUUUGCGUCUCGCAUGAACCGUCUCUCACCCACAACCUCGUCCAGGACCUCCUUCGUACUCGUCCCCUCGGUUCUCGACUCCCUCACGAGCCACGCCGCCUGGCCCCAGCCAGGCUACGAUCGUGCCGAGCUAGGUUUGACAAAGGCGGCUCGCGCUCUGCCCAACCCAGCUCUCUUCUCCAUUGCCGGCAUCGUCUUUGGCGCCUCGACUGCGGAUGUGCUAAGGGAUAUCAGGAGUGAGGAGCUGGCCAGGAGAGUCAAGAGGGCAGCCGGGGGCAGUCAGGCUGCGAGUCAAAGUCAGGGUCAGACGGAGGAUGUCGUGGCUAGGGCGGUAAGGCACGUCAUCUCUCAGAGGAACUUCUACCCUCUCUUCCCUCCACCUCAACCCAAAUUGCCCAGCGCAAGCACGGCGCUUGAGGCCGAAGCGCCCCUCCCCCUCUCUCUACCACACUUCCACCUAGCUACCUUCACAACUGUCACCCCCGAAGUACUCCUUCUACCUUCGACCAGCAGCACCACUGCCUCCUCGUCCGUAGCACCCUUUGCAAAGAUCGUCGAUGGGACAGUCGUGGUGAAUCCGGGGGCAGUGGCGAGUAGCACUGUUGGACCUGGAGCUGGAGCUGGAGCUGGAGCUGGAGCUGGAGCUGGAGCUGGAGCUGGAGCGAUCAACGUUGCUAAGUUGACGGUGAGGCCCGUUGAGAAGAGGACGCUGGAGGAGCUCGUCGAAGAGGGAGAUCAGCCCAGGGAAAGUGCGCUUUGGGAGAGAUGCAGGGUGGAUCUGUUGAGCUUGUAGCUCUGAGCUGCGUCUCUUCACUGUUCUGUCCCGAACCGUAGUACAAGCCCAAAUGUAUGUUUCGCUCUAGGCAUAGAAUCGCAUCAUGUGCAAGCAUCUGUCUGCCAUUGAUUUUCUUGAGUGUGCCC